CGCGCGAUAUCGCAUCCAGUGCUGCCCCCCGAUGGAGGAUGCGGACGACUAAUGCACUUGCCACCUGUUACCCCUCAGUGGCGGCGCAACUCAUCUCUGCCAGAAAUGAGUUACCCCUAUCAGAGAUGAGCCUGCUCAUCUCUGCUACCAACUGAUCUCUGCUUUGGACAGUAUCUUACACACGUGACACAGGGUGCCAUAAAAUCACAUAAAAUGCAGUGAUAAUGGGAGUGAAUGCAGCAAUCCAAAAUGCUGCAAUUACACGUCAUCCAAAAACGUAUAAAGAUUACAUCCCGUAUGGAACAGCCGGCUUCAGAACCAGAUCCGAUAUUUUGGAUUUCGUUAUGUAUCGAAUGGGGGUCUUAGCGGUGUUAAGAUCAAUGACAACAAAUGCUGCAAUUGGUGUAAUGAUAACAGCUAGUCAUAAUCCAGAAGUUGACAAUGGAGUAAAGCUAGUUGACCCAGCUGGUGAGAUGUUGGAAAUGUCAUGGGAAAAAAUUGCAACCGAGCUGGCAAAUGUGAAUGACUCUGACAUUGCAUCGACCCUACAACGCAUAGUGAAAGAAAAAAAUAUUAAUACAUCAAAAUCUGCCACUGUUGUCAUUGGUAGAGAUACUAGAAAGAGUAGUCCUUCUUUAACAAAUGCGGUACUUGACGGUGCCACCGUUGCAAAGGGCCAAAUUAAAGAUUUUGGCAUUGUAACCACACCUCAAUUGCACUACCUUGUUGUAUGUACAAAUACUACUGGAGGAUAUGGAAUUCCCACGGUAGAAGGAUACUAUUUAAAAUUGAGUAAAGCUUUUAAGCACGUAAGGAAUGGUCAAAGAAAUAAUGGAAAGUAUAUUGCUGAGAUUCAGUUAGAUGCAGCAAAUGGCGUUGGAGCAAUUGCUAUGAAGGAAUUUCAGAAUCACUUAGGAGAUUCCAUUUCAGUAGAAAUUUUUAAUGACGGUAGGGGAGAGCUAAACCAUAAGUGUGGAGCAGAUUAUGUUAAAGUUCAACAGAAAAAUCCUGAGAAUGUUCCAAUCAAACCGAAUGCAAGAUGUGUUACUAUUGACGGAGAUGCAGAUAGAGCUCUGUACUAUUAUACGGAUGAAAAUAAUAAAUUCCAUCUGCUCGAUGGAGAUAGGAUAUCGACUCUUGUAGCCAGCUAUUUCAAAGAGUUGCUUGAAGAAAGUCAACUCAAUUUGAAACUUGGAUUAGUCCAAACUGCUUAUGCAAAUGGAGGAUCCACAGAUUAUAUCACUAAUGUUUUGAAAGUUCCAGUGUCAUGUGUUUCAACUGGAGUUAAAUAUUUGCAUCACGAGGCAAAAAAAUUUGAUAUUGGAGUUUACUUUGAAGCAAAUGGCCACGGAACUGUCACUGUUAAUGAUGAUGCUAUUAAAAUUAUACGCGAAGCUCAAAAUAAUACAAGCCUCUCUAGUAAAGAAAGAUUAGGCGCAUCUAAAUUGGUGACUGUGAUCGAUAUAAUUAAUCAAACAGUUGGCGAUGCACUCAGUGACAUGUUAUUGGUAGAAACGAUACUACAUGCGAAAGGUUGGGAUCUUGCAACAUGGGAGAGCAGUUAUAAAGACCUUCCUUACAAACAGUUACAAGUGAAAGUUCAAGAUAGAAAUAUUAUUUCCACAACUGAUGCUGAAAGAAAAUGCUUAACGCCAAUUGGUUUGCAGCAAGAAAUUGAUAAUUUAGUAUUACGCUAUAAUAAAGGAAGGGCUUUUGUUAGACCAUCAGGGACAGAAGACGUGGUGAGAAUAUAUGCGGAGGCUGAAGUUUCGGCGGAUACUGACAAGUUAGCUGCCGAAGUAGCUACAGCUGUUUAUAGAUUAGCGGGUGGAAUUGGGCCUGAACUAUCUAUUUCAACGUAAAAACGAAAAAUGAUUCCAAUCCUUUUAUCUCUUGUUUCGGUACCUAUGGAGAUAGCAUUUUUUCCACAUAAUUGAUAAAAAAUUAUGUGCUGGUGAUAUUAAAAUAUCUUAACUUAAGCUUUAACGGACAAUGGUCAUACGUAAAUAUUCUUGUAACAUUUUGUAUAAAAAGGUUUUAUUCUUGCAAUAAACACAACAAAUCCUUUUAA